AAACCAAAGAUGAUUGUUUUAAUUUCUAAAAUAUCUACAUUUCUCUUCCAGAAGAGACCAACGCUGGCCUUGGUGUGUGUGGAUGGCUGCUAGUGAUCAUUUCAUUCUUCUUCGUCCUUGUUACCUUUCCAAUCUCAAUCUGGAUGUGCAUAAAGAUCAUAAAGGAAUAUGAGCGAGCCAUCAUCUUCAGACUUGGACGCAUUUUAAGGGGGGGAGCAAAAGGACCAGGUUUAUUCUUUGUCCUGCCCUGCACAGACAGUUUUAUCAAGGUGGAUAUGAGGACAAUCUCAUUUGAUAUUCCUCCCCAGGAGAUCCUUACCAAAGACUCUGUGACAGUUAACGUGGAUGGAGUGGUUUAUUACAAGGUUCAGAAUGCCACCCUUGCCGUUGCAAACAUCACAAAUGCAGAUUCAGCCACUCGGCUCCUGGCACAAACCACGCUGAGGAACGUUCUGGGGACCAAGAACCUCUCUCAGAUCCUGUCUGAUCGAGAGGAAAUUGCACACAGCAUGCAGGCUACUCUCGAUGAUGCAACGGAUGAAUGGGGAAUUAAGGUGGAACGUGUGGAGAUUAAGGAUGUGAAGUUGCCAAUCCAGUUACAGAGAGCAAUGGCAGCUGAAGCAGAAGCUGCCCGUGAGGCACGAGCCAAGGUAAUAGCAGCUGAGGGUGAAAUGAACGCCUCCAGGGCCCUGAAAGAAGCCUCUAUAGUUAUUUCUGAGUCCCCUGCUGCCCUUCAGCUUCGCUACCUGCAGACUCUGACCACUAUCGCGGCAGAGAAGAACUCCACCAUCGUCUUCCCGCUACCUGUGGACUUGCUACAGGGCCUCUUUGCAAAACACUAACCUGGUUGGGAGGUAGUGGAAAGGGGAUCUUUCCCCAGCAGGCAUGAUCUGUGAAACCAAAUUAGCUGCGAAAGCUUAAAGCAAUGAUAAGAGGGAGCUUUUAAGGCACCUUUUUUUUGUGUGAAACUCGAGUGUGUAUGUGAAUGUCAGUUAUCAAAAUCCUCUGCAAUUUAUAUAAACGAACUCUGCUCUUAAUUUAAAAUAGAGGCUUAUUUUAAUGUUCCUAUGGGGUCGCAAGUUUUUGUAACCUACACACAUACACCCUGUUUGCAAAUGGCAUGACCACUUUGUAUGAAGAGCUCACACUUGGAAGGGCUGUGAGGUGAUCUUCCUUUUAGAGAAGAAGGUCCCUGGUGCUGGCUGUGGAGGAAAAAUGGUUCCUUACCACCUGCUUCAUGGCCAGUUGCCUUGUAAGCUGAAAUCUUUUGGUAAGCACACAAACUGCUCCUUCAGUUCUGUUUGCUGAAGUAGAACAAUGUGUAUGCUCAGUAUGUCUGAAAAUGCAGUCUUCCCUCUCACAAGAUGUAGCAGUUACCCGGUUGGAAUGAAACUUUCCACUCCUGCCUUGCUGUGACACUGGGAAAAGUAUGAACACACUGUAGUUAUGGAAACAAUGUUUGUAUAUGUUAUCCAGCUGUCACAGUUUGUGUGUCUGGCUGUAUUGAUUAAUGCCUUUUUUUAAAGCACUUAAAAUAUCUCUGGAUCUGCCUUUUAAUUUGUACAUCCUUUUUUAAAAAGAAUAUUCCUUUUUUAAAAAACAAUUCUGAGUUUCAUUUGUAAAUUAUUUGUCUUGAUUUUAAAUAUGUUCGAUAAAUAAUUCAAAGUGCUGUAACUUACUCCUAGAACUUGUAUCUCCUGCAAAUAAGGUAAUUUUAGAGUCUUAUAUUUUAUUUUAAUUUCCUUUUUUUACAAAAUACCCUGUACACAGCUUUUCUGUCUGUUAGAGGAAAUUGGUGACUAUUUUUAAUCUGUAUUCUGCUGAAAAGCAAAAUUUGGCAUUCAACUUGUGAUUGCAUUCUAUGUGAAGAUUUCAUAUUUUAACCUUGUCUUGUUAAUUUUAAUGCAGUGUAUGUGUUGUACAAAUUAAAACAUUUCUAUGUUCCAGUGAUAACUAUGCUGAUGCAAGAAAAGAGGAUUAGCUAUUUGGCCCACUAUUUCAAAAUUCAGUCAACUCCCCUUCUUUUCUGUGGGAUUACUUGUCUGUAGUUUGGAUUCCCUCUGAUUCCUUUUCUAAAGUAAUACUAGAAGUUUUAUUGCUUUGAUCUUUCUAAUUGCUCUGUGUAGUGCUAUUAGUUCUACAAAUCUCUGAUCUGACUGGAAGCAAAUGAACAUAACAGAGCAAACAGGAAAUAAAAAUUCUCAUAUGUGAUUUGCAUAUGUAGCUAAACCAGAAGCACGUGGCUGCUUCUGCUAGUCCUCGCCUGUAUGUGCAUUAUCUGUGAAGUGCACAGCCAUAUCUUGCACCUGUUUGGCAGAUGUAAUUAAAGUCUGUUGAGAGAUGUUGAGUCAAGAGUCUGGACUGGAACAACUCUACUAAACUGGGUCCCUCAUCUGUAAGUAGGGAGAGUUGGAGUGGAAGACACAAAGCAAACAUAAAGAAGAUGGAUGGAUUCCAGAAGUGCCCUUGUUAUCACACUGCCCUUAAUAAAAUGUCUUUUCUUUGUUCAUUCA